CCAUGGACACCGCCAAAAAAAACACCUCGGCGACUCUCAAGUCCCGAAUCCAAAACGGCGACGUCGUCUACGGCAUGUCCCUCCUCACCUUCUCCCCAACCGUCGCAGAGAUAGCCGCACUCGCCGACUUUGACUUCGUCCUCAUCGACAUGGAGCACGGCCACGGCGGCCUCCCAGAAGCCCUCCCCUGCCUCCACGCACUCGCCGCCGCCAAAACCCCAGCCGUCAUCCGCGUCCCCGACAGCAGCUCCUCUUUCUGGGCCCGCAAGGCCAUCGACCUCGGCGCCCAGGGAAUUGUGUUCCCUAUGAUCCAAGACCCUCAAUCUGCCGCCAAAGCGGUGUCGUUUUGCCGUUCUCCUGUGAGCCCCGCCGCGAGGGCAUCCCGCUUUGGACUCGACGGCCACUGUCAGAAGGACCUGCUCAUCAUAUGCCAGGUGGAGUCUCCGGAGGCAGUGGAGUGUGCGGAAGAGAUUGCGGCGGUGGAGGGGGUUGACAUGAUAAUGGUUGGACCGCUGGACCUUAGCGCCGGCAUAGGGUGCCUAAGGAACCCAAAGGAUGAGAGGGUGAUGGAGAUGGUGGAUCGCGUGGAGAAGAAGGUGUUGGGUGCACCAAGGAAAGAAGGUGGUGGUCCCUUUUUAGGGAGGUUUGGAACUGCCCUGGAUUCACCUGAAGCGUUUAGGGACCGUGGCUAUCGCUUGGUUCGGGUGAAUUUGGAUGUCACUUUGUUCAGGAAUGCUUGUAUUCAAGAUGUCAUCAACUUCAAGUCUACAAAGCUAUGUUGAAAGGCUCAUCUAUGAUUUUAUUUUAUUUGUAUCUGAAAUAAUAAUAUCAGAGAGUCAAGUUUCCUCUAACAUUCAACUCUUAGGCUAUAAUAUGAAACAUCUACGUACCUUCCAAGAGGCUCGUUGUCAAAACAGAGUUUCUUGCACGUUUGUUGCCUUAGAAAGGAGAGGUACAUAUAUAUGUCAUCAUUUUUCAUUUUCGAUAUUAAAUUACAUGCUCAUGAAUUGAGGAUCU